AUGGCUCAGAUGGCAGCAUUGUCAUUUCCGGUCAGCCUCUUUGCUCCUGUGGCUCCUGUCAUCCUUCUAGUGGCUGCCUGCAUCUAUUUGUGGCAGCUUCAGUGGAAUCUGAGACGAGACAGGGAUUGGAAGCUCUCUCUGCCCCCAGGAUCUAUGGGACUUCCGUUUGUUGGAGAAACCUUCCACUGGUUCCUACAGGGCUCCAAGUUCCACGCCUCCAGAAGGAAGCGAUAUGGAAACGUGUUCAAAACGCACUUGCUUGGACGACCCGUGGUGCGUGUGACAGGCGCCGAAUAUCUACGCCCUCUGCUGAUGGAAGAGCAUAAUUUGGUUGGUGUCAGCUGGCCUCGCAGUGCCCAAGACAUGCUGGGGCCCAAUAGCUUGGCAAACUCCAUCGGAGAAACACACAUCCACCGACGCAAGGUCUACGCAAGAAUUUUCAGCCAUUCUGCUUUAGAGAGUUACUUGCCACGAAUUAGGAGUCUGGUGGGUGAGACAGUAAAUGACUGGUGUACCAGGCAUCAGCCCGUCACAGUGUAUCCUGAAACCAAACAGCUCACAUUCCGAAUAGCUGUGGCAGUUCUACUCGGAUCCUUGCCGGGCAAGGAGGAACUAACCGAUCUGUUCAGCACUUUUGAGCAACUCACCAGGAAUAUCUUCUCACUGCCCUUUGACAUUGCAGGCAGUGGCUACAGAAAGGGUAUUCAAGCUCGGGACAAGCUCCAUCUGUACUUUGAAAAGGCCAUAGAGAAUAUACGCGAGUCCAGUGCCUGUGAGGAAAACCCCGGUGCCCUGAGCAUCCUGAUAAAGAGCAGCAAAGACCACAGCGUGGAGAUGAGCACACAGGAAUUGAAGGAAGCAGCAGUGGAGCUGAUGUUUGCUGCCUAUGCCACCACAGCCAGUGCCUGCACCUCUCUCGUCCUUCAGCUGCUGAAGAACCCAGCUGUCUUUGUCAAGCUGAAAGGAGAUCUCCAGACUAGGGGAAUCACUGGCAGGGAGGACACUUUACAUCACGCUGCUAUCACCCACCUGCACUACCUGGACUGUGUGGUGAAAGAGGUGCUGAGGGUGCUCCCACCUGUGUCGGGGGGCUAUCGAGUGGCCCAGCGGACUUUCGAGCUGGCUGGUUUCCAGAUUCCCAAAGGAUGGAAUGUGUUGUACAGCAUUCAGGACACACAUUACACUGCUCCCAUAUUCCAGGAUCCUGAAAUAUUCAAUCCAGAUAGAUUUGCCAAAAAUCAAAUGGAAGGCAAGAACAUCCGCUUCCAUUAUCUGCCUUUUGGUGGAGGUGUUAGACGCUGCCUUGGCAAAGAGCUUGCAAAACUAAUCCUGAAAGUGUUCGCUAUUGAGUUGACUAGUGUUAGUCAUUGGGAGUUAGCCACCAAGACAUUCCCCAAGAUGCUGUUGGUACCAAUUAUGCACCCAGCUGAUGGAUUGAAAGUGUGGUUUUCCUCUCAGCUUUCCGACAGGAGCUAGGUUUCUGGAGGAAACACUUGCAAUGUGAUUGAAUGUUUAAGAACUCAUUACAUGCUGGCAGUUUGAUUUGUUUUCAAUUCCAGGUUACAGGGCACAACAUUAAAGAGAACUCAAAAUCGACUUCUGAAGUAUGGCAGCAGACUCAGAUGUAGAGGCUUCUACGGGGUCAACCAAAGGUGCUUUUUUUUUAGAUGAUUGCGAGAUCCUGCUGGACAUUAAGAACUGCAGUUCUACUCUAUCAAGUUGCCCAUUGGCAGAGACAUUGAAGGAAUUGGACUUGGUGGGGAUCGCGCUGCUUCCUGCACCAGAGUCAUUGAGCACUCCAAAGGCAAGUUGUCUUAGAUGCUUUUCUUGUGAUCGCUAGAAGCUGUUGGACAACGGUGAAGAGGAAUGCUGCCAAUCGAAUCCAUUGGUUUAUUGGCAAAUGGCAGGGGAGCUGCGUGGCCUCAGUUGUAGUAAGAACUAGACCUCAAGCUCUGGUGUCGUUUGUUUGCAGCCGCCUGGGGGAGAAGCAUUGGAGUCAGGCAUUCCACCAGAGUGCCAGAAGCAGUGUGGCAUGCCCUCUCUGCUGGAGUCUGUGUUGUUUCCCCCUGUCCCCAGUGUUCGCUCGGCAGAAGACAAGACAUAUUGUGUUCCACUGCAAACUGUUACAACAUUCAUGGACUCAGGGACUUGACCUUUUGUUUUGUGUGACUGUAUUUUACUGCUAUCAUAUUUGUGCCUUGUGCUGUGUAUGACUGUUGGUACUGUUGGCCCCAGAGUAACACUGUUUUGUUUAGCUGUAUUUGUGUAUGGUUGAAUGACAAUUGAACUUGAAUUGAUAGUGUACUGUUCAAGUAAAUCCAUUAACAUCCCCAUGCUAUAAGAACAUUAAACACUAUUCUGCAAUGCAAGGGGGUGUUCGGACCCAGUGUCCACAUUAAAUAGAUGCAGGUAAAAAAGGCUCUAGUAAGAAACAGGGUAGAAUUUUGACUGCACUUAGCCUAACAUUAGUAGAAGCUCCUUCUGAAGAUUGUAUAGUGUGAUUUUCAGACUUUUCUGAUCAAUAACUUUUAUGCAUUUGAAUUGCUCAGUUAGUGCAUACAGAGCAAAACCCCCCUGCUGUGGACCGUGAUACUGGCUUGAGCCAUUUCAAACUGAUUUCACAUCAGCAGCUAGAAGCCAAUAAAUUUAAGAAGUAUCCAUACAAUUAGUUCAGUGGUACCCACCUAUUAAGCUAUCUAAGCCAUUAUAAUCUUUUUGAAGAAAUGUUUAAUGCCCUCCCUACAAGCAUUUUACCACAGUACAAUGUUCCAAUCAAUUCAAAUGAAUUGAGUUGUACAAGAGUUAUUAAAACUUUGCUUCAACUCACAUACCAAAUUCUGACAUUGCACUAUGGUAGUUGCAUGUAUUUCUUUUGAACACGUGAAUAUCUUUGUAUGUGAUUUACUUUAUAUCAUAAACAGAAAACUCUGCAGCUUUAACUGUAUAUUUCAUUUGUCAUCAGCUUUAGUAAACAUUCACUUA